GCUAUUGGCAAGAAAGAAAAAAAAAAUUAAUCCCAAAUUAUCCAUGUGACUGGUUAAACAAACAGUGUAGCACCUUAUUCAAGAGGCAUUUCCUUAAAUCCAUCUUCUUAACUCUAAUAAACGUGCCCUUGAGAUCACCCGUAGCUUUGUUUUCUCCUCCAAACCAAUGUAAUUGAGCUUGUAUGUACCCCUGAUUGCUAGAAAAGAAGCAAAAGUUGAGCUCAGAGUGGACAAGACUUCCCUUGAGGUAAGAAAAGUCAGCAUACUUUUCAGGCUGUGGGCUACAUGCAAAAGGAGCAAUCAGAGAAGAGUACAAGAAACCACAGUGCUAUUCAAACUUAGGGGCAAGGGAAGAAGUGGAGACAAGGAAAAAGUCUUUACAGCAAACCCAAGGGUUUGACUAGUAGAAGGUAAGUGAUACAGCAGGGAAAAUAAAAGACCACAUACAAUACUGUAUCUGUUUCCAACUUUUGCAGGUUCCAAAUCCAUAUAAGCAUUUAGGUAUUCAGUAAGUGCUUAAGCUGUAGUGUAUUAACCUGAGUGCCAUUUUGAAUCUGGCUCUAAGUCAAAAGGACUGUCUGUACUAGUAAACAGAAAGGAUCUGUGCCCAUUCUCUGGCUCUGACAAUAAAUGUCCUUGUGUUUUCUGCAUCCAUACAGCUGAACUGUCUUCCCCUCCAAUGGUGCUGCCUCUGGGGAUGUGCCCAUGCUGUCCCCAAUGUUAUAGCCUGGCACCUUGUGUGAAAGCAUGGUGUGGCCAUUGCUGGAGACUGUCAGCAAUGGCACUGACUGUGUGCCACCACUCAAGCCAAUUCCCUGGCACUGUUUCGUUUACUAAGAUGAGCCAACAGAUCUGCGUAACAUGCGACAGCCACUCUCCAACGGACAAAAUACCUGUGUCCUUUGAACACCAAAGAGUUGGAACCAAAGUCUAAAGGUUUUAAAAGAACAGAAAGCCGAUGAGGCAAAUGGUACCACCGACCCUUUCUAGAAGUGGAGCGCCAGGGGAGCUCCGGGUGUUAGCUGGGUCCCGGCAGUGGUGGGGAACAUGACUGCGAGUGUGUGCUCUAUGGCACCAGCCCCAAAGAGAGUACACGGCACAAACCUGAGGAGGUGACAGGCCUUACUCCAUCAGCUCAUCGACAGGCCGCCCGAGCCUGCCCCCCACCCCAGCUCUACCCGAGAGAAGCAGGCUGCCGGUCUCCCGGCUGGAAGCGAUCCCAGAGCCCUAUCUCCGUCAGCAUCGCCAGCAGCUGCGAGCCCGGGCCCUGCCCGAUGCCGCCCUCUGCCCGCCGGCGGGUAAAGGCCGCUGCGCGACCGCACGUGGGGGCCCAGCCCGCGCGCCCCCGCCCCGCCCGGCGUUGCCGCAGCCUCCCCUUCCCCCGCAGAUAACCGCGGCUCCCGCCUCCCCUCGCUGGCUUUUCUCCCACCCGCCCAGCACAGAGUCGGUCCCAGCUCGGCAGCCGCUCUCCAGGCGCCGGUUGCCUCUCGCUGCUGCAGGAGCGAGCGAGCGAACGAACGAACGAACGGACGGGGAUGGCUCGGAAACCUGGGAACUUUCUGCAGGAAGCCUCUCACCAAGUCGUCGCCGGAGGCUCGGCGGGUCUUGUAGAAAUUUGCCUGAUGCAUCCCCUUGAUGUAGUGAAAACAAGGUUCCAAAUUCAAAGAGGGAAAACUGAUCCAACCGGUUACAAGAGCCUGGGGGACUGUUUUAGGACUAUUUUCCAAAGAGAAGGAUUGCUUGGCUUCUACAAAGGAAUAUUUCCUCCCAUCUUGGCUGAGACACCCAAAAGGGCAGUGAAGUUUUUCACCUUUGAACAAUACAAGAAGGUACUAGGAUUUGCAUCAUUACCAUCAGGACUGGCAUUUGCAGUUGCUGGCUUGGGAUCUGGGUUGACAGAGGCAGUUGUGGUUAACCCUUUUGAAGUAGUAAAGGUUACCUUACAGACAAAUCAGAAUGCCUUCACAGAGCAACCAUCUAGCUUCGUUCAAGCUCAGCAGAUCAUUAAAACCGGUGGUCUGGGCUUCCAAGGACUAAAUAAAGGUCUUACUGCAACACUGGGCCGUCAUGGAGUUUUUAACAUGGUUUACUUUGGAUUCUACUUCAAUGUGAAAAACGUUCUUCCAGUCAAUAAAGAUCCAAAUUUGGAGUUUUUGAGGAAAUUUGGAAUAGGGCUAGUCUCAGGAACAAUAGCCUCAAUUAUUAACAUUCCUUUUGAUGUUGCAAAAAGUAGGAUUCAAGGACCACAGCCAGUUCCUGGAGAGAUCAAGUACAGAACCUGUUUUAAAACUAUGGCAACAGUCUAUAAAGAGGAAGGAUAUCUGGCUCUGUACAAAGGCUUGGUUCCCAAGAUCAUGCGGCUUGGUCCAGGUGGUGCAGUGAUGCUUUUGGUUUACGAAUACGUUUAUGCGUGGCUUCAGGACACAGUUGAUUGCAAGUAGCACUUCUGAAAAAUGUAGUCUUUAAAAUAUAUGCGUUCUAAACCACACUUUCAUAAAGUAAAAGUGAUUCUCAUCCUCUAUGGUGUUGAAUGCCCUCAGAUUACACUGAUGUUAAUACAGUUCAAUACAAAUUCGGUCCUGAUCCAGGAAAACAUUUAAGCACGUGCUCUUCUCUAAGUGCAUAAGUAAAUAGCAGAGUUGAUAUUUGUAAUUGUUUUACAAAACAAGAAAAAUUGUAUAGGAGACAUAGGAACAAGUUAGUUUUUCAAGGGUAAACUGAAAAUUCUGUAUACUGCAUUAUACUAUGUAGUCAAUACACUUAAAAAUCAGCUGAAACGAAAGAUAACUUUCAGGGGAUUUAGAAGAAAAAAAUGGAAUAAUCCUGUGGAGCCACAUGCUAAGCCAGUGUAAACUGACAGCUCCAUUGACUCCAGGCAGAGAACAUGACCCAUACUCUGCAAACUCUUGCAUCAAUCUUGGAUCCAGUUUAAAUUCAGUCCAGUAUGGUUUCAACAUUGAUAGAAGAGCUUCUGCAGUUGUUGGGAGUUAGGAUAGAAAAAGGACAGCACUGCUGGCCACAACCUUCAUAUACUAUUGCUUAAAGAGCUGUGCUGUAAUAAAAAAGCUCAAUGCACCUUGGCUGCCCAUUUAGCUUUUCAUUACCAUCAUGGGAUGGAGAAAUUAUGUUCUAGACUGAUAGAACAUAUGCAGUUGUAAUUAGCCAGCCUAUACCUCAAAGAAAUACACCUUUCUGUAGAUAAAAAAUGUUGCUCAAAAGCUAAUAUUGUUUCUUUUCUUACUACCCAUUCUAACUAGCUCUGUGAAAUACAAUUUCUGCUAUGCUGAUUGAAGACACAGUUUCUGUUCAUGCAGUUAUGCCCCAUACUACAUUCACACUGUUAACUUCAAAUGUUCUUCCUCUUAAGGAGGUAUGAACGUUUUUCCCAACAAUCCUAAAGAAACAUCUUUCCAGAUUGUUACUUGAAAACGACAGGUCACGUGUGAAGUCUCGUCUCAUGAGUGUUUUUAAUGUGUUAGAAAAGCAACAAAAAGCUAAAAAAAGAAAUGCGUCCUCAGCAUUUUCAAGGGUGCUUGUACUGACAUGCUCAAUAAACCUCUCUUUACCUAAAUUUGAUAACAGUGACUUCUCAUACCUAUGUUACUUCAUAGCUAAAAUCAAUAAAAUUAAUUCUGUUACAAUUUAUAAUUUUAA